UUCUUGUGGUUCAAACUGUGCUUUAGAAAGGGAGUACAGGGGGAGUUCUCUACCAAUUGACAUCCAUUGAAAAAGGACUAACGGGACCCACCCUUUCUCUGCCCCACCUCCUCCUUUAGCUCCACACACCUGCUUUGCUUUGGCUGAACACUUUUUUAGUGCAAUUCAGAGCUGCACUACAAAACCCUCCCCCUCCUGGAUUUGGGAAAAAGACACAGGAUGACUGUACCACCAUGGACAUUGUUAUGCCUCUCUGCCUCAUUUUACAUCAGUCUUCUCAGCUCUGUGUUGUCUGUGAGAUCUGAAUCAUGAAAUCGACCAUCCUUCUCCUGCUGUUAGCCACAGUUGCCUGGGCAAAACCCUUUCGCCAAACAGGCUUCCUGGAUUUCAUGUUGGAAGAUGAGGGGUCUGGAAAACCAGAAAUCGAUGGGCCAAAGCCACCAAUUGAGCAACCAGAUGUGCCUCAAGGGCCGGUCUGUCCCUUUGGAUGCCAGUGCCAUCUCCGAGUGAUCCAGUGCUCAGAUUUAGGUCUGAAGAAUGUGCCUGCUGAUAUCCCCUCAGAUGCAUCUCUUCUGGACUUGCAGAACAACAAAAUCACUGAAAUCAGAGAGUUUGACUUCAAGAACCUACAUAUUUUACAUGCUCUGAUCCUUGUCAACAACAAAAUCACGAUCAUACAUCCCAAAGCCUUCACCCCCAUGGGGAAACUGCAGAGACUCUACCUGUCUAAGAACUUACUGAAGGAGAUGCCAGUCAACAUGCCCAAGAACCUGCAGGAGCUGCGCAUUCAUGAGAAUGAAAUUGCCAAAAUCAAGAAAUCCUCAUUCGAAGGGAUGACUCAAGUCAUUGUGAUGGAGCUGGGAACAAACCCACUUAAGAGUGAAGGAAUUGAAAAUGGAGCCUUCCAAGAUCUGAAGAAGCUGUCCUACAUCCGGAUUUCAGACACCAACAUCACAUCCAUUCCUAAAGGUCUCCCCAGCUCAUUGUCCGAGCUCCAUCUUGAUGGCAACAAAAUUACCAAAGUAGAAGCUGCCAGUCUCAAGGGUCUCAACAAUCUCAACAAGCUUGGUCUGAGCUUCAACCAAAUCAGCUCAGUGGAAAAUGCAACCCUUGUUCAUGUGCCUCACUUGAGAGAGCUGCACCUGGAUAACAAUGCUCUCGUCAACGUGCCACCUGGCCUGCCCGAGCACAAGUACAUCCAGGUCAUCUACCUCCACAACAACAAAAUUGCUGCAGUUGGGACGGAAGACUUCUGUCCUCCAAGCUACAACACAAAGAAGGCCAUGUACUCUGGUAUCAGCCUUUUCAGCAACCCUGUUCCAUACUGGGAGGUCCAGCCUAUCACCUUCCGUUGUGUCUUCGAUCGCUCUGCCAUUCAGCUUGGAAACUACAGGAAAAAAUAAACCCUAAAUGCAAUUUUCAUCUCAUCCCAAACCACAAACUCCAAACCCCAAGAAAGAAUUACCAUUUGCAUUGUACACAAUUUCAAUUUUACAAAUUGCUGGAAUCUGGCAUAUUUCAAUACAAAUUGAUUGGUUUUUAAAAUAAGAAAAAUAAGUCAGUUUGCAAAAGGUUCUAGCCAUUCAUAAAAUGCAUGCCACAUUUAAUCAGUGGCAAAAAGUACCCUUAACAAAAAGCUGCACACUUAUACUAGUGUGUUAUUACAUGUGUAGUGCAAGUAUACAAGAAGUGUACCAUUGAGAUUCUAACAUGUAAUGUACUAAUGUUUGUUUUUUUCUUUUUCUAUGGAAUGUCAGGAGAAGUAGAGUUUUAUUUUGAGUUUUCUUUUCCAGGCUUGCUUUUGUGUUGUAUUUUUAUUUUUUAUUUUAUUUUUUUUUACUUUUAGCACCUUUCCAAAUUGCCCCUGUAAUUUCCCUUUUUAAGACCAAACCCAGGGUAAAUGCUAAUGUUAAAGCUUUAGAAUAAACAAUAUACAUAUAUCUAUAUAUAUAUAUAUAGAAAUGUUGUCACAGAAACUAUUAGCAUGCUUUUUUUCUGCAAGUUGGUUUAUGGAUUACAGCUUUUUAUAUGAUUAAGGUAGAUCAGAGACAGCAGGCUGAUAACACAGAGCACUUCGUCGCUGAGAAAAAGGGAACUCCCACCCAGGUGGUCCAGUCCAGAUACAAAUAAAAUGAGUUAAUAAUAUAAUUGUCACUACAUGCACUCUAAUUGGUCUUACUUAAUAUGUGUCCUUACCAAGACCAUGUUUUCCAAAACCAAUGUAAUAUCACAUAAAUGCCAUAAGUUUUCCGUCAAAAAUAUUUAACAGCUAUGGUUUAUCACUAUUGUAAAAACAUAAUGUCACUACGAAAUGUUGUUAGGAAUUGGUGUGGGGUAACGCAUGGGGUAAGGCAUGGAUAAUACUUUGAAUCAUUUUUCAGUUGACCCUUGGAUAGGUUCCUUAAGCAGAAGGUCCUUUCACACUUAAAAUCAGUUUCAGGUAUAUUAUGUGUUUUCCCUGAAAGUGGUGCACUAUAAAUCCAUGAAAGUCUUAGUGCAAGAGUUUUUGGUAACUUGCAGAACCCAAGAUGUCCAGUCUAAAUCUACAAAUUCUGCACUGGUUGCUUGAAUUGAUUCACUUCAGAUAAGCUUAUAAAAACAAUACUCUGCCAAUAAGACGUGUACAACAGCUUUGAGAUUUUUGUUGCCAAAUGCGCUGGGCGCAAUUUAUCACCAGGUGAAUGCCAAAAAAAGGGUUCAAAGCCUGGAGACUAAUAAUCAGAACAUUGGGUAAUUUAGAUGUGUUCCACCACCUGAUGAGAAGCCAUUAGUUCUUCUGCUUCAAGAUAGCAUUUUAAAUCAUAUCAUAGAAAGCACAAUUUUGUAUAAAAAAUAUGUUAAAUGGAAAUGUAUUCUGUGUUGGUUGUGGCCAUUUACCCUCUCUAAGAUUAAAAUGCAAUUGCUAACA